AUGAAUUCUAUAGUCAAUUAUUUUAAAAAAAAUCCCCAGUUCGCUAAAAUUGAAAAGCAAAAAUUAAUUAUUGUGAAAUUUAUAGAUAUUUCAUGAUAUAAUUCAUGCAUAAUUUUUUUUGUAUUCAUAAGUGAAAAAAUUUUUAAAAAUGUCAAAAAAAUUGUGACAUGUCAUAGAAUCAAUUUUAUAUGUAAUGGCAUGUCAAACUUUUUUGGCAUUUUAAAAUUAAUUUACCAUAGAAAGCAAAAUGAAAUUUCACCAAUUCAUUAUACUAAUUAUUCAAUUGGAUAUCAAAAAUAUUUUUCAUAA